CUCGGAUAUGAGUGAUCCCGGGAAGCUGAAUACCUCGAGCUCCGAAUUGGACCUGGAUCGGCCCAACAUUGAAGAUUACCUUCCUUCUGGAACAUCCAUUCAUGAACCCCACGGCCAGCUUCGACUGUAUUGCUAUCUUCUUCUUCUUCUACUACUCCUCCUCCCAUUCAAAUUUCUUCGAAUUUGGUUUCCUCUGCCAAUUGGGUCUCUUAUUGUUAGUUCCUCCACUUGUCUUGGUUGAAUUAGGCGCGAUUUGCUUGACAUCUCCCCAACGUUAACUGAGGCUGCCGGGGCGAUUAUUGAUGAUUCGUUUACAAGGUGUUUCAAGUCGAAUCCGCCGGAACCUUGGAACUGGAAUGUGUACCUUUUCCCUCUAUGGUGUUGCGGUGUGGUGGUUAGAUACGGGAUCCUGUUCCCUGUCAGGGUUAUCGUGCUAGCAAUUGGGUGGAUAAUCUUUCUCUCGGCCUAUAUUCCUGUUCAUGUUCUACUCAAAGGACACGACAAGUUGAGGAAGAAGAUCGA